CAGGGCGUCGUGUGACGUCUUGUUGAUGUUGUUGCCGUAGAGGAAGAUGGCGGCUCGCUGGAGUAGUGAGAAUGUGGUGGUGGAAUUGCGAGAUGCGCAGGCCACUGCCAUGUCCGUGGACUGCCUGGGUCAACAUGCUGUCCUGUCAGGACGGCGGUUUCUGUAUGUGGUGAACCUGGAGGCUCCGUCUGAAGCUCCCAGGAAGAUUGGCAGACCGAGCAAAUGGGACGUGGGGACGGUUCAGUGGAACCCCCACAAGGCAGAGUCCCACGUCUUCGCUGCCUCUAGUAACCAGCGAGUUGACCUGUACACGUGGCGUGAUGGCUGUGGGGAGGUCCACGCGUCCCUGCAGGGACACACACGAGUCAUCAGUGACUUGGACUGGUCCUGGUUUGACCCGGAGUAUCUGGUCACCAGCUCUGUAGACACCUACAUCUGUAUCUGGGACACCAGAGACACGAGGAAACCGACUGUGGCGUUGUCUGCAGUGGCGGGGGCGUCCCAGGUCAAGUGGAACAAGCGUAAUCAGUACCUUCUAGCUUCCAGUCAUGAUGGAGAUGUUCGCAUCUGGGACAAGAGGGUCAGUACUGCAUUAUUACCACAUUAUAACCUGUGUAGGGUCAGUACCACAUUAUAA